UAUGUCCACAUAAAAAUUAGCAUACAAAAUGGCAUUGGCAUUGCAUCAUUGAACGUGGGACUCACACCUACUUACGGCCGCCCCUAAUCACUGUGAUGAGUGCAAACGGGGAAAUUUUUAAGCGCCCAAAGAAAUCGAAAGGGGGGAAAUUUUUAAUUCCCGCUAGUGGUGCGAUGGCAUUUUAAACGCAUGUUUGUAGAAAGUCCUAUACAUUUUUUUGUUAUUUGUGGAGUUUAUGACAGGUUUUUGCUGGUUAAAGAGCGGACUAUGCUCUGAGGAAUUUCCUUCAUUUGAAACGUUUUCAAAAUUUGUUUUUUAUUAAAAAGCUACCCAAAGUAGAAGCCAGUGAAGUUGCGGUGUGAAUUUUAUUAGCUUAAGUGAGGGGCUCUGUGAAAAUUUGAAUUUUGAAGGUUCUCUAGGAAGCAGAAAGAAUUGAAAGGCUGUCCAUCUUCUGUAUAAGCAGGCAAUGCCCUCUAAAUGAUGCCUUUUAAAUCAAUAUUUUGAUGCAAAGCAUGGAUAUGCAAGGCAUGGAUGCGAUGAACUGUUCAGUUGGUGAACACAAAACACAUGUUAAUGUAUCUCGUAAGCCAAGAAUUAUUCUAGCUGCAAGUGGAAGUGUGGCAGCAAUUAAAUUUGGAAUUCUUGCCCACAGUCUAUGUGAAUGGGCAGAAGUCAAAGCAGUAGCUACAAAAUCUGCAUUGCACUUCAUUGAUAAAACAUCUCUUCCUGCUAAUGUUAAUUUUUACACUGAUGACGAUGAAUGGUCAAGCUGGAGCAAGAUAGGUGACAUUGUAUUGCAUAUAGAACUCCGGCAAUGGGCUGAUGCUAUGGUAGUUGCUCCACUAUCAGCAAACACACUUGCUAAGGUAGCAGGUGGUCUAUGUGACAAUCUUUUGACCUGCAUUGUACGUGCAUGGGACUUUAAAAAGCCUCUCUUUAUAGCUCCUGCAAUGAACACUUAUAUGUGGAACAGCCCUUUCACCCAACGGCAUUUGGACGUACUUACUGAAAUGGGAACAUCAUUUAUCCCACCAAUAUCAAAGAAGUUGGCUUGCGGUGAUUAUGGAAAUGGUGCGAUGGCAGAACCUUCUGUGAUAGAUACUACUCUCAGGGCUUCCUUUGAUGCUUAAGAAAUGCGGAGUAUGUAAUAGCUAUUUCAACACAUUCAACACAUUCAUUUAAUGAAGUGAGAGUUCCAUGGUGCCAUUGACUGGUAUAAAGUUAGAUGUAUCCGAAGUAAACUCAAAGAAUCAUAUGGAUUUAACUUUUCUUCUAAUUUAUCUUCCCCUCUGGUUAUAUUAAGUCUGCUGGUUGGUUCCUGUUUAUGUCAUGUUUCCAACUGAGAUGUAAAUAAUGUGAGUUGGGAAUAGUGAAUUUAAUGAUUCAAGACCA